GAUUUACUUGUGAAAAUUUAAUGCAGAGCAGAGAAACAUCUAACGAACCUCUCUCUCUCUCUCUCUCUCUCUCUCUCUCUCUCUCUCUCUCUCUGUUACUUUGCAAAGCAAAAGAGAGCGUCUUUCCCAUCAUCACCAACAGCCAUUUCUUGAGCUUAAAGACUGUUAUCCAUUAUUAUUAACAACCAUGUCCCAGUAGUACUCAAUUACCAGAAAGAAAGAAAGUGGAGAGAGAGAGAGAGAGAGAGACAGAGACAGUACAUAGAGUAAAAUGGAAACAAUGGAUGUCAGUCGGAGAAGAGCUGGGGCUAAAAGUGUGGUUGCAGGCUCUGUCUGGGAGACCAGAAUGAAGCUUGAUGAAGUCAAAUGUGGUAAUGGUAACAAGGUGGUCAAUGGAGAUGGAAAUCCUGAAGAGACUGGCACUGCUGAUGCUUCAAGAAGGUAUCUCAAGAGAGGCCAAUCUGGUACUACAUUGGCCAGUACUGCCAAGAGAAAGAGUUGGAAGUCUGACAGUACUGAUGGCCCAAUUCAGGCAGCUAAAGGGAAAACUGAACCACCACUACUCAAGAAUUGUGAGGAACAGUGUAAAGAGUUGAGUGUUUCCGCUGAUGGAAUCAGGAAAAGCUCAAUUCCAGCUAGAAGAGGAAGAUCUGAAGGAAUUAAAGAUCUAAGUGUGUCAGUCAAUGGAAUUGAUAAAAGCCCAAUUCAAAGCAAGAAAGGAAGAUCUGAGGUAAAUAGGGAGAUUGGUGUUUCUGCCGAUGGAAAUGAGAGAAGCCCAGUUCAGAUAAGAAAAACAAGAUCUGAUAUAAAAGAAGUUGGUGAAUCUGGUGCCCAAUUGAGGAAAUCGAAGUCAGAUUCAGUUAAUGCUGCAAAUCGUUCUGGUAAAGAUAUUGUAGUUGAUAGUGGGAUUGAGAGGGAUUCAAUUCAGUCAAGGAAAGUAAAAUCAGAGCCUGAGAAAGCGGUGGAUGAACCACAGAUUAAAGGUAGUGAAGAUUCUGUGAGUAGAAUUGAGAAGAGUCCACCUGAAAUUGAGGAGGCUGGAUCUGAGGAAUCUUGCAAAGAUUUUGGUGUGUGCCAAGACAAGGUCAUUUCCAGCAGUGAAGCCAAUGGGGCACUCAUCAAAUCACCUCCUCAACUCUUGGUGGAUAAUGAAGAUGAUCAUCAUGAUGUGGUUAUUGAUGGGGAUGAAAAAUUAGAUGGAGACGAGGAUGAGGAAGAAAUGGAUGAGAAAAUGGAGAAUGAGAUUGAGAAGAAGAACCUUGAGGUUAAGGAGAUUAACAUACCAGAAGAGAAGACCAAGGAACUGGAAACAAAAGCAUCACCAGAGCAUGAGCCCAAGAAAAUAGCGAAUGAAGAACAGAAGCCCAAGAAAAUGGCGACUGAAGAUAAAAGGGUUUACCAAUUUAGGAAUAGAACAGCGCCCACUUCUUCAACACUGAAUAAACAGCCUCCUCCUUUAAGGAGAGCAACAAUUUACCAAAAUCUUUCAAAACCCACAACAAUUCCAGUUGCAAAUGAGCACUCCCAGAGUUUCCCAGAAACUCAUGACAAACUGCAAAAUCUGGUGGAUUUAGUAAUGUGGAGAGACAUAUCGAGAUCUGCAUUUGUCUUUGGAAUUGGAACAUUCAUCAUAAUCUCUUCCUCCUAUACCAAAGAUAUCAAUAUUAGCUUUAUUUCUGUGAUUUCCUAUCUGGGUCUUGUAUAUCUUGCUGCCAUUUUCUUGUCUAGAUCACUCAUUUACAGGGGAGCCAUGUGUAUAGAAGAUACAAGGCAUGUGCUGGGUGAAGAAGAGGCAAUUUGGUUACUAAAAUUGAUUUUGCCAUAUUUGAAUGAGUGCCUGUUGAAAAUCAGAGCCCUGUUUUCUGGGGAUCCUGCUACUACAAUGAAGUUGGCAGUGCUGCUGUUUGUUUUCGCCAGGUGUGGCAGCUCCAUAACAAUCUGGAAGAUGGCCAAAUUGGGCUUUUUUGGGGCUUUCACUGUACCAAAAGUCUGCUCUUCCUACUCCACACAGUUAACUGGUUACGCUAAAUUUUGGAUUCGACGGUUUCGAGAUGCAUGGGAGUCAUGCUCGCACAAGAAAGCCGUUGCUUUGGCCAUCUUUACCCUCAUAUGGAAUCUCUCUUCAAUGGUUGCUCGUGUUUGGGCAGUGUUUAUGAUGUUUGUGGCCGUUCGAUAUUAUCAACAGUCUAUGAAGUCAUAUGAUUGGAUAGAGGAUGACGAUGAUGCAGUAAUGGAAGAUGAAGAUGAUAAAAACACACAAGCUCCAGUGGAGAAAGUAAAUAAAAAUAAAAAAGAAUUUUAACAAAUAAAAAUUUUUACUCAGUACAUAUAUAUGAUUGAUAGAAAAUAAUAUGAAGUUUUAUUUUAUUAUUUUAUUUUUCUGUUUAUUGCUGUGAAUAUGUUGUUUGGGACAAUAUAUAUACACGCUAUCAAGCUCAAUAGAGCAGCUUAUGAUUAAAAAAUUAAUAAUUGAUUUCCUCA